AUGUGCCAGCACGCUCGUGCCGAGGGGCUGUAUCUCCAUUGUUGCUACGCUCUACCCUACGCUCUACCCUGCUCGGAUGCAGGCUGCCAAGUUGAAUCCGGGACAGCAGAUUGCUGCAGAGCAUUGCAGAGCGCACGUGUCAGGUGGCAGCCCACGCUGGGCCGCGAAAGCAGCAAUCACGAGUGGAGCGAGCGGUUUGGUCGCUGGCAAAAGCCUAGCUUGUGGAGUGGAGGGAAAGCGCAUGAGAACACAUAUGAAAAUACCAGCAUUCCCUGCGCUCUGACUCGCAGCCGGGGUGCCACGGCAGGCGCGAAGCUGUUGAGAGCUUCUUCCAAGUUGCUUCGCCGUGGUGUCAGGACGUGCCAGGUGCUGAGGGUGGCCGGCUUUUCCGGCUUACCCUUUGCCAUGGAACUUCUUGCAGUGCUUGCAGUGUGGAGUCCGGAGUCUGACCUUGAGCUUGUCCUUCUUGCCAGACAGCCUUCGGCAGAACCUCCGAUAGGUCCUUCAGAGCCUUGCUGCGUCCAAGCUGACUUGCAGCCGAGCGCGUGCGACAGGACGACCGGGAGCAUCCGGGAGCAUCCGGGAGCAUCCGAGGGUUCUGGGAUUCUAGGCACAAGGAAAGCCUGCCACCGCCGCUCUCACUGCGCUCCCUCUGCUUUCUCUCUCAGUGAAGGGGAGGCUUGCAUGGCGGACUCCCACAUCCACGAUCCAGCGCCCGCCGUUCCUUUCAUGAGCGUCAUGGGCUUAAGACAGGCCGACUGA